AUGGGGGGGAGCGGCUACUACUGCAGCGCUCAGCAAGGGGUCGUGUUUGGUGCUGUCUGUGUGCACGAGGCGCGAUACGCUCAGCAAGGGAUCCCCCUGCCGCUGCUCCGCCGGGACACCGGCUUGAUGCUGACGAUGUCUCAGGAGCAGGCCGCCUGCCUCCUGGCCAACGCCUUCUUCUGCACAGACCCGGAUGACGCCAGGAACGACGUGAGCUCUGUACACAACGCUGCUCUGCAAGUCACUGCCAUGGAGAUGAGCAACGCUGAAGGUGGAAGAAAUGGCGGGUCUUGCGACACUGCGGUUACUUCCUCCAUCCGGAGAAGAUCACCCAAAGAAAUCCUGGGUCUUAUUGGCCCUCAACUAACUCGCCGAGAGAAGGCAGAACUUGCCGCCAUGAAAGACAUCUGGUACUAUACGUUCCACAACGAUUCCCGGGGCACCAAUAACUAUGGCUACGACGACGAAGAGCAUAAUUACAUUCUGGACCCACAUGUGCACCUCAACUACCGUUAUGAGGUGCUCAAGACAAUUGUGGUGGGAGGUCAAGGCCAGGUCAUCGAGUGUCGUGACCACAAGACAAAUAACAUCGUGGUCGUGAAGAUGUUGGUCACACCCUUAAGCUCCACGGAUGAAAUAUUGGAGAUGGGGCUCAAGAGGGCUAUGGAACGUCAACGCAAGGACUAUAACCAGGACUCCAAUGUCGUCAAAGUCCUGGAUGAUUUCACUUUCAGAGGGCACUACUGCAUCGUGCUGGAGCUGUUGAAGGAGAGUCUCCAGCAAGUGAUUGAAGAAGCAGGGCUCCGGGGCUUGGACAUGGCGUUAAUUAAAGCGUACACCAGGGAAAUCCUCACAUUCCUGAAGCAUAUGGAGUUAAAGGAGGCCGUCCACGCAGCCAUCAGGCCAGAGGCAGGGUCACAGUAA